GGUGAUCUAUCGUCAGAACAAACUUCUUCUUUUCAGCUUUCUUGCUUUCAAUCUUUAAAUUCUUUUCUCAUGGCUGAUGGACUUGUUUCAUCUGUUUUAAAUUACUUGAAUUCCAUCAUCCAAUCCGAGCUAGGAUCCGUGUUAUCCUGUCGCCAAGAUCUACAAGACCUUUCUAGUGAAUUCACAGCCAUCCAAGCCGUUCUUCACGAUGCAGAGAAGAGACAGAGAAAGGAUGAAGCCCUGAGUGACUGGUUAGCGAAGCUGAAAGAUGCAGCCUACGACGUUGAAGACGUGCUGGACAGGUGGAGAGCAGAAGCUCUCGGAUAUGAAGCUGAAGCGAGUGGCAGACCAUCUUUCACGAAGCGGGUAUGCAAUUCUCUCUUGCAAAAUCUUAAUAUUGAUGAAAAAGUCAGUGAUAUGGGCAUUCGUGUUAAAUUGGGGAUUGCUAUGGGGCGUAAAUUAAAUAAUGUUAGAGAAAAACUCAAAGCUAUAUGUAAUGAGAAGUCUAAAUUCCAUUUGGAAGAAAUCAUAGAUAGCAAGAUGGAAACGGCAGAGAGGAAAACUAGUUCUUUGAUUGAUGAACCGGAGAUUAUCGGUAGGACUUCAGAUAAGGAAAGGAUCAUACCCUGGCUGGUAAGUGACAGUAGUCGUGUCAGUUAUGAGAUUCCUGUCAUAUCUAUAAUUGGUUCAGGGGGAAUAGGCAAGACUGCUCUCGCUCAAUUAAUAUACAAUGACGAGCGAGUUACUCAACACUUCUCGAAAAGGCUGUGGGUGCAUGUUUCAGAUGAUUUUAAUGAGACUAGGAUUUGUAAAGCUAUCGUUGAAGCGGCAGAUGGUCAACCUGCCCCUAGUUUCUCCGAAUGGGAAAUGGUUCAAAAUCAUCUAUGGAAUGUGUUGAAAGGGGAGAGAUUUUUACUUGUACUUGAUGAUAUUUGGAAUGAAAAUCAAGAAAAGUGGGAUAAAUUGAGGCUUCCUUUGAAAGGUGGAGUAAGUGGAAGUAGAAUUUUGAUCACGACUCGAAAUGAAGCUGUGGUAAAAACUAUGAGGGCUACAAAAUGGCAUGAACUGGCACCUUUAUUAGAAAUAGAUUCUUGGUCACUGUUCAGUCACAUUGCUUUUGGGGAAAUAAAUACAGAGGAACGUGCAGAGUCGGAAGAAAUUGGGAAAGAAAUUGCAAGAAAGUGUGAUGGAAUACCUCUUAUUAUAAAAAGAAUAGCAAAUGCAUUGCGUUUCAAGAGGACAAGAAGGGAGUGGGAGCUUCUGUUGGAUAGUGAAACAUGGGAUUUUCCAGAUGUUAGAAGAGGUAUCAUAUUCGACCUUCAAUUAAGUUAUGAAAAUAUGCCUCCGUACUUGAAGCGUUGCUUUGCCUUUUGUUCUGUAUUUCCGAAGGAUCAUGUUAUAGAGAGGGAGACACUAAUCAAGUUGUGGAUGGCCCAGGGCUUCAUUCAUUCAGCGGAAAGUGCAGUGAUGGAAAGUAAAGGCGAUGAGUAUUUUUACAAUUUACUGGGGCGAUGCUUGUUUGAUGCUCCAAUAACAGAUUGUUUUGGCAAUAUCAUGCAUUGUAAGAUGAUAGAUAUUGUUCAUGACUUCUUCCAAACUGUCAUGAGAGAAUGCUAUACCAUGAACAUGGAAUUGUCAAACAACAUCCCCCUGCAUGUGCGCCAUGUCUCAUUGAAAUGCAGUGACGAUUUAUCUUCAAUUCCGGGAAACUUGUGCAAAGCCAAGAAUCUGCGCACGCUCCUGUUCAUUGGGUGGUCAAGAAUCACUGUUCUGGCUGAUGAUUUUUUUGAAAAUUUCAGGUGCCUCAGAGCAUUAGAUUUGAGUGGUACAAACUGUUCCCAUCUUCCAAAGUCCUCGAAGAACUUGAAACUUUUAAGGUACCUCAACUUAUCUACUUCGGGAGUAGAGUUGCUUCCUGAAUUCAUAUGUGAACUGUAUUUGUUGCAAACCUUGAAACUUAAUGCGUGUCGCGGACUCUCUAAACUUCCCAAAACGAUGUGGAAACUUGCGAGGCUAAGACAUCUGGAAACUGAAAGUACCUGGCAAUUGCGUACUUCCCCCCAUUGGAUUGGGAGAUUAACUUCCCUUAGAACAUUGUCAAAGUUUAUUGUUGGGGAAGGAAUGGAAUGCAGGAUUGGGGAACUUAAAAACCUCAAUCUCCUCCAAGGAAAGUUGACAAUAUACCAUUUGGAGAGGGUGUUAAAUGAGGGUGACGCCAAGGAAGCAGAACUAAUGAAUAAGAAACACCUACGCAGUUUGGAAUUGUAUUUUGAUGACAGGCUCGAGGAACAGUCAGAAUUGCCUGGACGUUUAGAUAUGUUAGCCAGGAUUAACGUAACGAUUAAUGACGGUGUGUUGGAAGGCCUUCGGCCCCAUACAAAUCUAGAAGAGCUGAAUAUAUCAAGUUACAUGGGAUUAAAGUUCCCGAGAUGGAUGGAAGAUGCAUCGUUCUCGAACCUAGUUAAUGUGACUCUUCGUAACUGCCAUGACUGCAUAAAACUACCAGCACUAGGGACAUUAUCAUCCCUUAAAUACCUUGCCAUAGCAGAAAUGACUAAGGUGGAAUUCAUCGGUCUGGAGUUCUACGGGAAGAACGAUAGUAGAGAUGUAACAGGUGCAGCUGCAGCAUUCCCCAAGUUGGAGACACUCGUUUUGGAUGGAAUGUAUUCUUUGAGGGAGUGGGUUGGGAGUGAAGAUGGAGGAAUGCCGUCUCUCCUUGAACUACGUAUUGCAAAAUGCCCCAUGUUAAUGAAAAUGCCCUUAUUCCUUCAUGGUAAACUGUGGAAAGUAGAUAUUGAAUUACCAAGCAACUACUGGACAUCGUGCAUUUCAGAAUCUGUCGAGUGUUUGGUUGUAGACGGUGGUUUCUACAUCAGAGACAUGUUAAUCAUAAACAACGAUGGUAUCCACAUCAGAGACAUCGAUAUGAUCCACCUGCCGUCAUCUUGCAAGUACUUGGUGAUUAAAAACUCACCAUAUUUUGAGUUUCCCAUUGGGAUACGAAAACUCUGUGGGCUCCAGAUACUCCACAUUACAGGCUGCCGAAGACUGACACAUCUGCCUAAAGAGCUCAGAGACCUCUGUAACCUUCGCGAACUGAAGAUCAAGGACUGCCCAAGUUUAGAAGAAUGGUGUGAAAAUUAUGCAGAGGACGGUCAGCAAGCGAUGUCACACAUCCCUAAUAUCUGGAUCGGCAACCAAGAGAUCAAGCGAGAUGGGCAAAGUCGCUAGACAACCAAGUUAAUGCAGGUGUAUAGCGAGCCAACGUUGUUUACCUAGUUGCUGGAAAAGAUCAGAUAAUUGAGGAGAUAGGCGAGGUCCCAGCAGAGCAUAUUAAGCUUCAUCAUUAGUUGAUAGAUUUUCAUUUAUACUUUUAGUGAACCUUUGGUAUUUGAUUUGUAUAAGUCCUUUUUUGGGCAUCACAUUUGGAUUUUAUUUAUGAUGUUGGAUUGAAAACUUUUACUAAAUGUAUGGUUUACUCCAGCCCAGAUUGUUACAAACUCUGAA